AUGACAUUCAUCUGCAACUUUCCAUUGUCUGAACGGCUGUUGCAUUACGGGGAUAGAGCGAUAGAAGCGUCGAGGCGAUAUCAUAGGUUGCAUAGAGGACUUACCUCUGGUCCCUCGCGCAGAGCAGCGGACUUAGAGCCAGCCGGUUUCGAGGUCUAUGCUUAUGGCAUUCAAUCGAUAACCCUCGGGAGUCAUCUUAGGAGCCAUCGACUCUUCAACGUUCAACCACCACAACACAGAAUCAAGCAGCUUAUUUCGCAUCUGUCUGGAUCAGAUAUGUCGGCAGAACUCUGGCAGGAUGUCCCUCUCGCUCCCCCAGACAGCAUCUUCAAAUUGACCGCCGCAUACAAGGCGGACACCUUCAAAGACAAGGUCAACUUGGGCGUCGGCGCCUACCGCGACGACAACAACAAGCCCUGGGUGCUUCCCGUCGUCAAGAAGGCCACCGCCAUUUUGCUGAAUGAUGAGACACUUGAUCACGAGUAUCUCCCGAUCACUGGACUUGCGGAGUAUACCGCUGCGGCCGCAAAGUUGAUCCUUGGGCCCGACUCCCCCGCAAUCAAGGAAGACAGGGUGGUCAGCGUCCAGACGAUCUCCGGCACGGGCGCCAACCAUCUCGGAGCGCUCUUCCUGUCUCGGUUCUACAAGUUCAAUGGACCCCCAAAGGUGUAUCUCAGUAACCCAACCUGGGCCAAUCAUCACGCCAUCUUUAGAAAUGUUGGAAUCGAGCCCGUCGACUACGCAUAUUACGAUCCCAAGACCAUAGGGCUGGAUUUUGAAGGGCUGCUUGCUGCGUUAAGGGACGCUCCAGAGCGGUCUGUGUUCUUGCUCCAUGCCUGCGCGCACAACCCUACUGGAGUGGAUCCGACCCAGGAGCAGUGGAAGGCUAUCGCCGAGGUCAUCGCCGCCAAAAAGCACUAUUCAUUCUUCGACUGCGCCUACCAAGGGUUUGCGAGCGGAGACCUGGACAAGGACGCAUGGGCUGUGAGGCACUUUGUGGAGCGGGGACUUCCGCUACUCGUCUGCCAGAGCUUUGCAAAGAAUGCCGGGCUCUACGGGGAGCGCGUGGGUGCGCUUCACGUCGUUUCCCGCGACAAGGAGACGGCGAACCGGGUGAAGAGCCAGCUGUCGGUGUUACAGCGGAGCGAGAUCAGUAACCCGCCUUCUCACGGCGCGAGACUUGUGUCGUUGAUCCUGAAUAGCCCUGAGCUAUUUGAGGAAUGGAAGCUGGACAUUCGGACCAUGGCGGGGCGGAUUAUCGACAUGCGGAAGGAGCUGCAUCGGCUUCUGACGCAGGUGCUUGAGACGCCGGGGAACUGGGAGCACAUCACUGAGCAAAUAGGGAUGUUCAGCUUCACUGGAAUCAACGGGGAGCAGAGCAAGGCGCUUGUUGAGCAGGCGCACAUCUACCUGACUGCGAACGGACGGAUCUCCAUGGCGGGGCUGAACAGUCACAACAUCGAGUAUGUCGCCCGACAGCUUGAUGGGGUCGUGCGGGGGACGGUGUCGUCAUCCAAGGCCUCCUUCCAUCGCAUCUUCAUCACCCAUGCGCUCCCAGAGUACCUCGGACACGUCACCCCCCAGGAGGCCGUCGAGUACGUCCUGCCCCUCCUCAGCAACCUCGUCGUGGAUGAUGAAGAGGAGGUCAAGGAGGCGCUGGCGUCCGAGUUCGUCUCAAUCAUCUGGUGGUUCUUUACUCACUGUCAAAUCGUCCCGGAUGAUCCCCACCCCGAGGAGGCAUAUGCAUCGUCUUCGACGACCGUGGCUAUCUCCGUCCAGGCAUUUACUCCCAUUCUCGGGACUCUUUUACUCAGCUCCAAGGCCAAGGCAUACGCAAUCAUCCGCGCUGCCAUAGUCAAGCUCCUCCUUCGCAUGAAGAAGCUCGACCUCCGCGAGUCAGGUGCAUACAUCCCACCCCAACGUCAUUCCUCCGACCCAAACCUGCACCCAUGGGGAAUCCUACCAAACAACCGAGAUGAUGACGAUGAGGACGAAGAUGCUCCACUCCCCAUCGGUUUAUUCGGCACGCGCGAACGCAGUAUGUUCACAGAGGAGAUUCUCCAGCAUGUCGUUAUCGGCAUGGCGCAGCUUGACAUGGAUACGGACAUGGACAUAGAAAUGGAAGGGGCUGCUGGGCUAUCGCCGCCUCCAGCGCUUUCUUCACCUCCAACAAGCCCGAGAAGCAGAGAAUACGACAAUAGCAAUCCCUACUUUCCCCCGAUACCUCAACCGUUAUCCGCUAAUACCUCCUCUUCUUUACCAGGCUCAUCUCGGUCGUCGUCAUCAGGUUCAGGGAAUGGGUAUUCUUCGAAUACCGAAAUACCCGCAACUAGUAGAUCUCACUCAGUUUCCCCUUCCCGCCCAGGCGCCUUGAAUUUUGGGCCCGCGGCAACGUCACAUUUAGCCGCGAGCGGCCCAGGUGUGGCUACUGAAAUCGAUGACAGAUGGGAGGAGCUCGCGGACCAGGAGGAGCCGUCUGAAGCGGCAGGCGGCAGACUCUCCUCGAUGUCAUUAAUUGCAUCCAUCGUUUCCAGUGUUGCUCCUCUAGACAGGGAGACGCUCGUUUCACUUAUCAGCGAAGUACAACGCGUGGUCAAGGACCCUGUUGUUUGGGUACGGCGGGAGUGUUCUUUUGCUCUUGGAGCCCUCGCGAAAGUGAUCCCAGAUGACUUGAUCACCUCAACGUUGCUUCCAAUAUUUGAUGAUGUGCGAUGGGACGCAGUUUGGGCUGUACGGCAUUCCGCGCUUUACGCGCUGCCUGCCAUCCUCGCCCGAUUGUCACCGGCUCAGCGAAGGAUGCUGGCCUUGGAGACAAUUGUUGCCCUUUCUGCCGACCAGCAUCCUGUCGUACGACGCGGCGCGCUCGAGGCCCUCGGUGAAGUUAUCUACACCUUCAAGGCGGACGCGACAGGCCCUCCGGAAGAGCUUGUACAUCUGUUUAUGGGACAAAAAGAAGAUCGUCGCGUACGAGAUGGCCAACAGGAGCAAGACCAAAACCCAGAACCGCCGAAAGACGCACGCGAGGCCUUUUUCACUGACCCACAGCGUCCUUUGAUCUGCGCCUUUAAUUUCCCGGCCGUGGUGCUCACGCUGGGCCCAGAUCGGUGGGCAGAAGUACGCCACUUUUAUCUCGACUUGGCCGAUAACCAGAACGACCGUGUCCGGGCAACGCUAGCAGCCAGCGCCGGCGUCCUGGCAAAGCUGAUCGGUGCGGAUAACGCGCGGUCUGACGUGGUCGACUUCUGGUGGACAGCUUUCCGUUGCGGCUCCGCAACUAUUCGCGGUAACGCUCUAGAAUCUCUGCCGGACCUCCUUGAUGCUGUCGGACCUCAAGUUGGGCGAUCUCUGGUCAGCGACCUGAUCAAAGAGUGGAAAGGUUUACGGAACUACCGAGAACGCGAUUUUAUCCAACAGAAGCUAUCCAGUUGGGAGCUCUGGAACACAGACGCUCGUGUGGAACUCUAUGAGCUCGUUAUGCUCGGUGUGGAAGACGAUACGGCGGCAGUCCGAGAAGCAGCGAUCGCUAAUAUCCCCCUGGCGCUAUCCCGUUGCUCAUCAGUCAAGGAGGUCUUACAGGACUUCUAUGGCCGUCUCAAACAGCUUGGUAGCUCUAGCUCUUCCCGAAGCCGCAUAACUUUCAUCGAUUGCCAACAGCGGCUCAUACUCGGUGCUGACGCGGCCCACUCCUUGGUUUCAUUGGAUGAUGAUAUCAUUCGUUCUGUUGCUAACCUAGCGAAUGACGAUAUCGAAGGCGUUCGGAUUAGAGUCGCUCGCUUAGCAGCGGUGGUCUACAGAACCUUGCUUCGUCAAUCACGCCCUAUCCUAGUUCCUCUGGAUGAGCUUGUUCGCACACUCUCACAAGAUGUCUCUCCUGGAGUGCGACGGUAUGUCGCCGACUUGUCACCCAGAGAACUGGGCGUGUCCAUGGCAAUUCCCCCAAGCAAGAGUGGACAGAAACGUCUUCUGCAGGCAGCCACCUUCUCGCGGCCACCCGCGUCCUCUCGUUCCGUCUCUCAUGUCACGGCACAGGGCGAUCUUUCUUCUCAGGUGUUUUCAUCAUCAGGUGGAGCAAACCCUAUUACAAGCCGGCAUAUCUCCGGGGACGAAGACGGAAGUUUCGACACACAGCUGGCGUCUUCUCAUUCGAGUUGGACGCAGACUCCGUUAGGAACGGCACCGGGCGGCGACCGGAACUCUGUGCUGGUGAACAGGAUCUACUCUCCAGCGCUUGGUGGGAACACAGACGAGCCUUAUUCCUACGACUUCCAAGGCGCAAACGAGAGUGUCACGGUGCCAGGGUGA